AGCCUGUCUUUGCGCUCGUCGAUUUUUUUCCUCGCAGAGCUGAAGCCGAGGUCAGGCCUGUCAAUUUGCAAGUCUUACCUGCGCCUUGUCGGACAAAGACGAAGCGUCGAGUGGAACAAUGCAUUGUUUCUGCUGAAGUGCUUUCCGGAUCGAGCGAUCAAUAGAUCGCAGCCGAAAGAACGACCAUGUGGCAAAGCUCCUUCUUUUGAUUAUCUACAGCCUAAGCUGACGUCCGCUACCGAGUCUGCACAUGCACCUCAGUGCGUUGAAGAUGAACAUCGAUACGAUGGGAUCAUAUCAACAAAUUUCUCACAACCAUGAUCCCGAGCAGCCACACACGCCCCACGACCCGGCCUCGCCAUGGAAGCCAGACUACGUCGAUGAGAAGCAAGAUCUGGCUCGACGUACAAUUUCAUACUUCAGAACACACAUCAAUCAGAUCAUGACCGCCGGCUUAGUGGUCCUUACUUUGAUUCAGCUCCUCGCCAUCCAACGCAUGACAACAGCGACCACGACGAUCACCUCUGUCGCUGUCCAGAAUUACACCACGCAUAGAAGCUACGGCGCCGACUGGCGCUACAUGUCGCUGGAAAACAAGUAUGAUGAGUUAUGGAACCACGAACUCGUCGCCGACAACGGCAUCAUCAAUUUGCCGCCUUACGACUCCGGAGGUAAAAGCGUAAAUGGUGAAUUUGGUGCCAUUGCGAUGCUACACGCCUUGCACUGUUUGGGAGGUAUUCGGAAGGCUCUGCAGACUGCGCGCAACGAUGCCAUCACCAAGAAUGGACACGAUAUCGGCCUCGACCCGCGGGCUGACCCACAUUGGCCGCACUGCUUUCACUAUCUCAGGCAGAUGAUUUUGUGCCACGCAGACGACACUAUAGAACGCGGACAUUUCUUCAACGGGACCUUCUCGCCAAGCGCAGACGAUCCUGCAGUCAUCGAAGGAAGCCUCGACAUACGGCAGUGUCGCGACUCAGAGAGGCUAUUCGAGAUGAGACGACAGCACAGUGAUGCGAAUGUUGAUGGUGUACCCAUCGAAUGGUGAAAAUAUCGCUUAUGGAUAUGCAGCAAGGCCUACCAGAUCA